AUGCCGAAGCCGUGCGAAGCGUGUCAAUUGAGCGCGGCUUUAAUCUUCUGCAGAGCCGACUCGGCGUAUCUCUGUCUAGCGUGCGACGGCAAGGUGCAUGGCGCGAACAAGCUCGCCUCUCGCCACGAGCGAGUGUGGGUCUGCGAAGUUUGCGAAAUGUCGCCGGCCGCGGUAACCUGCAAAGCCGACGCUGCGGCUCUUUGUGCGACGUGCGACGCCGACAUUCACGAGGCGAACCCACUCGCGAAUCGCCACGAGCGCGUUCCCGUCGUCCCGUUCUACGAGUGCCCUUCGUCGAUCAAAAGCUGUAAACCGGCCUGCGUACAGCCCGCCGCGUUCCUUGGCGCAAAUGACGCCGCAGAGUUCGCGUCGCCUUCUGAGGAGCACGAGGAGCUCAUUUCGAGUCAAGGACAAGCGCUGCCGCAACCAACGGCGGCAAACGCGGCCGUCUCAAGGAGAGGACUGGAGGAGGAGGUAGAGGAAGAGGAAGAGGAGGAAGAGGAAGAGGAGAGGCCGAACACGGAGGCGGGUGGUCGAAACGCUAAUUGGCUCUACCCCCUCCACUCCCACCUCUACCCUCACCACUCAGCCGCUUCUGCUGCACCGCGAAUGCUCCCGCCGCACAUGCCGCCGCACAUGCCGCCGUAUAUGGCGCCGUAUAUGGCGCAGCAUAUGCAAAUGGCUGGCUCUGUUCCUCCGCGGCCCAUGGUACCGUCGCCUUACUUCCCCUACGCGCACCUCCCGCCGCACAUGCAGCCGCAAAUGCCGCUCCACAUGCCACCGCACAUGUCGCCGCACAUGCCGCCGCAUUAUCCGGCCUCCCCGCAUGUCCCCUCGACGCUUCCCCUCCUCCACCGUCCGACACACGUUGCGCAACCUCCGGCUACUAAAUAUCCCAAAACGGAGUCCGCUGACGUUUCAGAUCUCCUGUUUGACGUGGAUCCGUUCCUCGACCUCGAGCAGUACGGCGGCGGCGACCGCAGCGCGACGCCCGUCGACGGGAAACUUGCCUCGGCGAAACCGCCCACGCAAUAUGCGGCCCUUUCGGCGGCGGCAAAGAAAACGGUGAAAGAGAGCAUGGUGGUGCCAGUGCAAUCCCAAGACGAAGGCGCUUCGGCAGUGGCUGGCCGGCGGGAAUGCUCCCCUUCCCUCUACUCCUCCCCGUCCUUCUCCGUCUCCUCUCAAACCGACACGCACCUCGUUCCUAGCAGCAGGCAGGCCGCCGACUCCGCCGCAACCGCCGCCGCGUUCGACGCCAGUGCCACGUCCCCCGGCCCUCUCCACCCGCUUGCGCGCGAGGCUCGCGUGAUGCGGUACAGGGAGAAGCGCAAGGCGCGGCGGUUCGAGAAGACGAUCCGCUACGCGUCGCGGAAGGCGUACGCGGAGAGCCGCCCGCGCGUGAAAGGGCGAUUCGCGAAGCGGACCGAGAUGGCAGAGGGCGGCGCGGGCUCACCUGCUGCUUUCGAAGUAGCAGUCAACGCAGUCAACGGGGUCAACGGAGUGGAUGCGUGUGGGAGCUAUGAGGACGUGGAAGGGGAGCAGUUUAAAAUGGAGGAGGGGGUCGCGUGCGACCUUGACUUUGCACUCGCUGACGCUCCCUUCACUAUGAUCCCCGCUUUCCUUUGA